AUGGCUACUUAUUCUCAAUCGACAGGAAAAUUUACUACCUCUGAUGGUACUUCGUAUACUGGCUAUUCUGGUAAUGGAGAGGGUUUAAAUAAUUCUGAUAAAGAAUCUGAAGCAUUUGUUGGUCCGAUUCCUAAAGGUGAAUACACAGUGGCCGGUACAAAUACGUCCAAAGGUCCUACGACAUUGGUGCUAACACCAGCUGCGUCGAAUAAGAUGCAUGGCAGAAAUGGCUUUUUGAUUCAUGGUGAUAAUAAGAAAGGCGAUUACUCAGCGUCAGAAGGUUGCAUUAUCGUUGGACCAGAAGCACGUAAAAAAAUAAAAGUUGGCGAUAAAAUUGUAGUCACUCAGUGA